CUUCACAGUUACAAAGUAAUCCCAAGCCGCCUCCAUUAGCGUUCCCCUAUUUUUGAAUUGAACUUUCCUCCUCUCUAUCAAACUCCACACCAAUCAUUGUUGUUCAAUAGCUCAUCAGGCAAAGUGUUGUUGUACACAAACAGAGAGCGGAAAGGUACAACAGAAGAUGGCAGUGGCUGCUUAUGGUCAGCUGAAUCUUGAAGAAUCGCCAUUGUGGGGUUCUCGAAGUGUCGACUGCUUCGAAAAGCUUGAACAAAUCGGUGAAGGAACUUAUGGGCAAGUGUACAUGGCCAGAGAAAAGGCAACUGGGGAAAUUGUUGCUUUGAAAAAGAUACGUAUGGACAAUGAGAAGGAGGGGUUCCCAAUAACAGCCAUCCGCGAGAUUAAAAUUCUAAAGAAAUUGCAACAUGAAAAUGUCAUUCAGCUAAAAGAGAUAGUAACCUCCCAAGGUCCUGAAGGGGAUGAACAAGGGAAGCUAGAUAAUAACAAGUACAAGGGAAACAUUUACAUGGUUUUUGAAUACAUGGAUCAUGACUUGACUGGACUUGCUGAUCGACCAGGGUUGAGAUUCACAAUUCCGCAGAUUAAAUGCUACAUGAAGCAACUCCUUACUGGUCUUCAUUACUGCCAUGUUAAUCAAGUUCUUCACAGAGAUAUCAAAGGCUCUAAUCUUCUGAUAGAUAAUGAAGGAAAUCUGAAGCUUGCUGAUUUUGGUUUAGCACGGUCAUUUUCUGGUGAUCACAAUGCUAAUCUGACAAAUCGUGUUAUUACUCUGUGGUACAGACCUCCAGAGUUGUUGCUUGGAGCCACAAAGUAUGGCCCAGCUGUUGACAUGUGGUCCGUUGGUUGUAUAUUUGCUGAACUUCUAUUCGGGAAGCCAAUCUUACCUGGAAAAAAUGAGCCUGAACAGUUGACCAAAAUAUAUGAGCUUUGUGGAACCCCUGAUGAAAUUAAUUGGCCUGGUGUAUCAAAGAUUCCUUGGUAUGGCAAGUUCAAGCCAGCAAGGCCAAUGAAAAGACGAGUUAGAGAGGUCUUUAGGCAUUUUGAUCGCCACGCUUUGGAUUUAUUAGACAAAAUGCUGACUCUUGAUCCAUCUCAGAGAAUAUGUGCAAAGGAUGCUCUAGAUGCUGAAUAUUUCUGGACCGACCCUUUACCUUGUGAUCCUAGAAGCCUACCAAAAUAUGAAUCAUCACACGAGUUCCAGACUAAGAAAAAACGGCAACAGCAGCGACAGAAUGAAGAAAUGGCCAAAAGACAGAAGCUGCAGCACCCACAGCAACAUUCACGCCUCCCUCCUAUCCAACAGUCUGGGCAAGGUCAUUCCCAGCACUGGGGUGGACCUAAUCAUCAAACCCAGCCUGCAAUAUCUGCUGGAGCUGGUCAUCAUCAAUAUGGAAAGCCUCGUGGUCCUGGAGGGCAAAAUCGGUAUCCUCCAGGUGGAAACCCUGGUGGGGGGUAUUAUCAAGAUCGUGGGGCACAAGGCGGAGGUUAUAGUAGUGGGACAUAUCCACCUCAGGGACGAGCCCCACCUUAUCCUGGUAGUGGGGUGGCUUCCAGUGGUCCUCGGGGACCAAGUGGUGGCUAUGGUGUUCCUCCUAGUUACUCCCAAAGUGGUCAAUAUGGAGGUUCUGGUGCAGGGAGAGGUUCAAACCAAAUGAGUGGAAACCGUAACCAGCAGUAUGGUUGGCAGCAAUAGAGUCAGACCUGUUAUGCAACUCACUGGCUAGACAGCAUCAAAGGAAACCAUUAACAAUUGUAAGAACUUGUGGUCGGAUGCAACAAAUUUAGCAAUUGGUUUAUCUACAAGAGUACAUGUACAUGUAAAGUCAUGCUAUUUUGUGAAGGGAAUCUGUGUGGUUCAUUUUUGGCUUAGGUAUACAAUUUUUUGACACCCUAAUUCUUUUAUAUAGCAAUUUCUGUAUACACUUUCAGAACCUUGGAUAUGCAUCUAAGCUGAUGGCCCUUGCAGUUA